AUGGCAGGCAACAAACGGGCAUUGAGCCAGACGGACGGCAAUGCCACCCGAUCACAACCACCUUCCAAACGGAAGUCGCAGCAACCAGCGGCAGGCAAAGAAAACGAAAUUAGAGACUAUGCGAGGAUGAAGAAGCUUGAACUUUCCGGCCUCCUUCGAGAACGCAACUUGCCGUACACUGGCACCAAAGAAGUUCUCGUCCGGCGACUUGAGGAAUCUGAUGGGAGCCACCUUUCUGAGGUUACAUCGGAACAUGCAACUGGGGAGGGUCAUGCCGCUGCACAGCCUGCCACGAGUGAGUUCGAGUACAUAACGCUCUGCAGACCGCUGGAGGACAUUCGCCCGGAAAAAAGGGCAAAUAACUUGGAUUUUGAUGACUCUGAAGAACUCAAUGAGGAUGAAGACGACGAAGACAAUGGACAGCACGGAGGCGCAGAAGUUACAACUGGAGCCACUAGCGAGGGUGGUCAACGCAAAUCAGUCUGUGGCAUGAAGCAAUGCGUAUGCAAGCUUCCGGCAACCGAGCUUCCAGGGCAUCCAUGGAUACUUACAACCAAAGGGUAUUCUUUGAUAGCUCGUCUACAAUGGGAGGUAGAUGUGAGGGAUCAAGACGCGGUUGGGGAGCAUUUCUUCUCUGAUUUCAGUGGAUAUGGUUUUCAAGAGGUGAUGGAAAACCAGCUUCUAUCCUUCAACCGCGAAUUCUCCAACAAAGGAGGCGCAUCGCCUGCGGCAUUAUGGUCGAUCAUUGAAGGGUUCGCCUGGACUCUGUACGACCCGAGUUGCUGGUUCAAUAUUGACGACUCGGACGGGUUGUUGGCGACGCUUCAGCUCAUUGGGGGCGCGGUCUUCACGACCCUAAACACCUUCGAGAAGAAUGGAUUGCUGCGCCCUAAUUCGCCGGUGAAAAAUAUCGCGCUUGUGCUGGGUGUUCUGUAUGACAACAUUCGAGCUUGGCCAGGCGACGAAGACGAGCCGGAAUUGGAAUGGCGCGGGGCCAUGGUCAGAGAAGCCCGGCAGCAUGGCAUUGAGGUCAAAGGGCAACCUUAUGGCAUCGAAUCGGUGCUCGAGAAGGAUGGAGUAGAUGGGACGCUUGACAGCGAAGCACACUCAAGGUGGAAGAAGUUUGACUGGGCCAAAGAGUUCAGGGCUUUCUCCAAGAAGUACCGAAAAGGAUCGGCAAUUGGUGGGCGGCAAUACGUCCUGGAGUCUGAGAAGGAUGUGACGAGGGCGCGCAAGACCUUCCGUGCGUGGGAUUUCUGA